ACCAAAACCAAAACCAACGUCUUCAAAGAUCAAUUUUCUACAGAAUGCAAACCAAAAACAGGAAGCAGCCUAGUUCAAAGCUUAAAUCCUUUUACCUUUCAUGUCGAAACCAUUUACGAUGUUCAAACUCAUCAUCAACAUCUACUAAGGUAGUUGUAACACCAAUUCCAAUCUCGAAAAAAGUAACCCUAGCUUCUCAUCAUCAUAAAAGGAGAUCAUCACCCGCGAAUUAUCCCUCUUCUCUUAGAGAUGAUCAUAGGAAUGAAUUGGUUGAAAUGCAAUGGAAACGAGUGCACAAAUUGGAAAGAGAGUUAGUAGACGUUGAGGAGUGGCUUUGUACUGAAUUAGCGCGAUUAAAGAGAUACUUAAGGACUAAUAACAACACCAAUUAUGAACCACAUUGUAUUACUAAAUUUGUUGGUGAUCAAAGGGGUGUUAAGUUUGGAAGAUUAGACGGCGAUGGAGGUUAUCUUUACUCGUUCAAUGGUAACAAGGUUCUUCAUGGGACUUGCAAGGAUUUGGUUAUCCAAUUUUCUUCUCCGUCACUAGUCCCACAAGAGAUUGGAUCCAAUGUUUCAGAGGUAUUGAAUCAAAUGGCUGCAAUGGGAAAAGAAAAUCUAGUCAGUUGGUUGCUUAAGUCGAUGCCAAUGACCGACAUUUCAAUAAAAAACACACAUAAAUUGACAAUAAAUCCAUGUAAUACUCCAAAUGAUUUAUUGGAAGCUAUUCUCCUAGAUGCACUUAAGAAGGUAAGGAACCUUGUAAUUGAAGGGCUCCAUAUUCAAAAGGGUGAUAAAGAAGUUGUAAAACAACGACAACAAAUUGCUCGAAGAAGAAGCAAAAAUGGUGAAAGAAAGCUUGAUGAUCAGGCUAAGGGUGACGCGGUUCUUAUUAUGGCAAUGCUUAUACAGCCGAGAGAUCCUCAGAAAGGGUAUGAACCAGUUAAUGAGAUGAUGAUUGGUUUCGUCGAGGCAGCGAAAAAUGCACAAGAUGAUGAACAAAGUGGGUUUGUUAUUAAGGGAGUUCAUGUUGCUGGAUUAGUAGCUAGGAAAAGAAAUGGCCAGGCUAUUCACAAUUGUUUGUGGUAUUUGUCUGCCUAAUUAAGCUUAUUUUACUUGAGACUUGUAAUGGAAAUGAAUUUCACGAUUUUAAUGUCUAAUUAUACAACAAAAUCCAGGGAUGAUUCUGAAGGGAUAUGGUGUAAUUUUCUGUAAUCUAAUAUGCAAUGCACGUUAUGUACAAUGCACGUCUUAGACCACGUAACAUUGGUGGGCGCA